CAGCGACAUAUUUAUCAACAACGUUGGUGUCACGCUUCUGACGUACUUGUCACGUGUCUGUUGAGGCCAUACCCUUCUCACACGUAAAAGUACACGACUGUCUCCUUCUGCAGGUAAUCCGUGGCACGAACCACUCGCCAUAGUAGGGGGACCUCCUAUCCACUGCAACCCGGGCUUUAAUUCCGUUCACACUGCGAGACCCCAUCAGAGUCCACCGCUGAGAUCCACGCAACCUGCACCGUUACGGAUUUAAUGUUUUUAACAGGCUGUUUUCCCGAAAGUACUGUGUUUAUCUGCGCCGUGAAACUCUCGAGUGAAACAGAUGUCCUGCAUGGAGGAAAUGAGGAAAGAAUUAAACACAGCGAGGACAAGGAUGAGUAAAAAGGGAGAAUAAAUCAGUAGACUCAGUGUGUGUGGAUGAGGCUGUGAGAGGGUCAGUAUAUCAGGAUGACGAUGAAAGGCUUGUCCUCCAGCCGCAGCCACCACCACACACUCACACACUGCGACCCAUCCUACGAGUCUUUGACCCUUCGCCACGACCGACGGCCUUAUGUCCUUAACCAGGCCCACCCAAGUGACCACAGCUUCUAUGGGUGCCAGUCUGAUCUGGCCAGCAGCACAUUUCCACGCCGACAUCACGGCUCGCAUCACGAGCUUAAGGACGAAUGUGCCAUAGUGCCCUAUGUGGGACCAGGGGGGAUAGCUGGAGGAACUGGGGGCGGGUGCGGUCCAUGCAGCUCAGCUACCAUCCCAUCAUCCCUGUUGGAGAAGUUUGACCAGCAGCAACCAGUGAGAAAGGAUGGGUAUCACACAUUGCAAUACAAACGGACUGCUGCGCUGGAGCACCAGCGCAGUGACAGUCCUGGGCGUAUACGCCACCUUGUACACUCUGUCCAAAAACUAUUCACCAAGUCCCAUUCCCUGGAAGGUCCCAGUCAACGGAGCCUCAACGGAAAUGACCCCGCCAUCCCAACCGAUGCAAUGGCUACUGCCACAUCCCAUCCAAACGUUUCCACCACAACUGUAGGCACCCUGCACAAGUCGUCCAGCAACAAGCGAGGGAAAAACAAGGAACGCAGUCGCUCCGAGCCCAAACCUCGUGCACGGACACCCGGGUCGGGUUACUGGAGCUCCGACGACACUCUAGACAGGGAGAUCUGCCUCUACCACCAGCAUCAACCCUCUGGAGUCAUGACCAUGGGCCGGCAUCCAGACAAGUCCCAGUCCCACUACUUCUUGGGACAGAGCUACAACACACUAGGAGGGGGACACUUGUCCCUGAAGACCUCACGUAGCAACAAUGACAUUGGAAGUUGCUCCACUUGCUCCAACCCCACAGGAGGUGCUCUGACCUUCAGAAGCCCGAUGUCAGUAGACCAGGCUGGGCCACUCGUCAAGAAGAGCUCCUGGUCAAGCACACUAACGGUGAGCAGGGCCCGAGAGGUGUACCAGAAGGCCACAGUCAAUAUCGAUAAAGCUCUAGUCAAAGCACAGACCUGCCAGCAGGGACGAACCUGCCAGUUUUUACAGGUUCCUCAGGAUGAGUGGGGUGGCUUCUCGUCUGUGGGUCAGGAUGACGAGAUCCCGUGCAGGAGGAUGAGGAGUGGCAGCUACAUCAAGGCUAUGGCAGAGGAGGACAGUGGAGACUCAGACUGCAGCCCUAAACCCUCACCCAAAGUCCAGGCCCGGAGAGCCAGCUACCUGAAAGCCACUCAGCCCUCCCUCACUGAGAUGACCACACUCAAGAUCAGUACGGAGUCCCAUUCCCCCAAGCUGCAGAUCCGGAGUCACAGUUACCUGCGAGCGGUGAGUGAGGUCUCAAUCAACCGCAGUUUGGACAGUCUGGACCCGGCCGGUCUGCUGGCCUCGCCCAAAUUUCGUUCCCGAAAUGAGAGUUACAUGAGGGCCAUGAGCACCAUCAGCCAGGUGAGCGAGGUGGAAGUAAAUGGACAGAUUGAGGCCGUGUGUGAGAGUGUGUUCAGUGAGAUGGAGUCUAAGGCCAUGGAUGCUCUGGAUCUACCAGGGUCCGGAUGCUUCCGCAUGAGGAGCCACAGUUACGUGCGGGCCAUCGAAAAGGGCUGCUCGCAGGAGGAAGAAGAGGAGAGAGCGACGCGUCAGGCCAUCUCACCACCUCGAACUACAACUACUGUUAGAACCAUCCAGAGCAGUACAGUAUCAUCAUGUAUAACCACCUACAAGAAAACCCCACCCCCAGUCCCGCCCAGGUCAACACCCACCAGACCAUACAUCUCUAUAACAGCCCAGAGCAGCACAGAAUCUGCACAAGAUGCCUACAAUGAGCUCACCAGUGCUGGUCCUGCUAACCGGGCCUUAGCAGCGGUCAAGUCGGGCCUCAGCAACUCCACAGAGAGCAUUGAUAGCAUGAAGGCCCUGACAGCAGCCAUCGAGGCAGCAAACGCGCAAGUCCACGGCCCAGCCAGCCAGCAUGUGACCAACAGCACCAUCACCAUCACCACAGCCUCCGCCACCACUAGCGUAAGACACAUCUCACAGGAAGCUAAGAGAGAUGCCCUCAGGAAGUGCCUGUCUAUAGGGAUACAGGUGGACGGUCCUGAGGAAACCAACCAAUCAGAAGUGCACUGCAAGUUUCAGUCUGUCGGCAUUCAAGUGGAGGAGGAGAGAUGCUACCGCAGAGUUACACGCUCCAACAGUGUCACCACUGCCGUCCAAGCUGAUCUUGAUCUUCUGGAGGGUCUUGAUGAUGACCAGUUUACACAGACCAACCAGGGGCCCAUUGUUCGCCAGCCAUCCCGAGAUUCAGCCACUUCUACUGUCAGCAUCCAGGGCUCUGGGAACCACUACAUUGCCUGUGUCCAAGAUGACUACACCGACGUGGGCUUUGACCCCUCCAUUCUGCCCCCUCCAGACCCCUGGAUGGAUGGAGCCACGGAGGAGGAAUAUGCGAGUGGGGUGUCAGGGUCCGUGUGUCCGCAGGAUGGACGUUGGUUUCUAAAACUGCUGCAAGCAGAGGUGAAGAGGAUGGAGGGGUGGUGCAAACAGAUGGAGCAAGAUGAGAGAGACAAUGAGCUCCCAGAAGACAUUCUCGGCAAGAUUCGUAGUGCAGUGGGUAGCGCUCAGUUGCUGAUGUCGCAGAAAUUUCAGCAGUUCCGGGAGCUCUGUGAAGAAAACUUGAAUCCCAAUGCCCACCCACGGCCCGUGUCUCAAGAUCUGGCAGGAUUCUGGGACAUGCUGCAGCUGUCCAUUGAGAACAUCAGCCUGAAGUUUGAUGAGCUGCACCAGCUGAAAGCUAACAACUGGAAAGCACUGGAGCCUCCUGAGAGAAAGUGAUCUGGUUUUGAGGCGAUGCUCCCAAAUUGCACGCUGCAUGUGCUUUACAUCCAGUGGUCCCGUUCAUCUCAUGCCAAAUGGGUUGAACUCCUAGCUGGCAAAAAUGGCUAAGAUCUCACUUAAUGUAUUUGGCUGAUGCCUGGCACUCAAAAACAACUAAAUAUUGCUGAUGACCCAAAAGAUGACCCCACAAUUGCAUGCAUUAGCAGUGUUGUGUUACGUCAAGGAGUGGCACUAACCAGUUUGUUGUUGCUGUCCAGGAGAGGCGCGUGCCCCCUCCAGUACCCAGGAAGCCGAGGAGGGGUCCCGUACUGCUAGUGAGAGACCGGUCUUUGGAGGGCUCCCAGCGGUUGGAGGCCCGUAAGCGGCUGUUAGCGGCUAAACGCGCUGCUGCCUCUCAGCGCCAGAACUCUGCUACAGAAUGCGCGGACAGCAUCGAAAUAUACAUCCCAGAGGCCCAAACACGAUUAUAAACACUGAAAUCCGGGUGCUCAGAAGCCUAAAUAGACACACACACAUCUUCAACCAUAACACAAUAGCACUGAAUGACAAAGGCAGGGUAGCUGUAACAUAAUCACACCUCUUUUCUUGUGUAAAGGAGAGUUUCUUCACUGUGGGCUUCUACUGUAUGUAUUUACGACUUAAUUUUACUCUCUUCCUCCAUCCUGCCAUUUGCGAUGUAGCUCCCUUGUUAAACUCCCAAAGACUUUUAAUAUUUCUAUUAGACACUCUAUAUUUAAUUGUUAAAAUAACCAAUAAUAUAUAUUCAUGCAUACAAUACAACAUAUUAUUAUGUCUGUUGAUAUUACUACCCAAAUAAUGCACACUGCUGAAUUUUAUUAUUUCAUUUGUAGUUUUUUGCAGUGUAAGGGCAAUGUUUUGUGUUCUCAAAGAGGACAUAACUUCUAAAAGGGCAACAUACCGAUCACUUCUAAAGAUUUUAACGCCAAUGUAGCCACAAAUUCAGUGUGUGUAUGUAUGUAAAUGUGCGUGUCAGGCUUUUAGUACAUGUAUCUCUCACAUGUCACCCUGCACCUCUGAGACAGGGCGAGGUUGUUCUGUUUUCAGUAUCAGGGGAUAGAAUGGAAAAACCACCUCUUCUCUUCUUUCUUCUCAUAUUUUUCAACCUCCCACUCGGUCAUCCUCUCCCGUCCUCUCAAACCAUCCUAUCUCCUUUCCCGUCUGCUCACUAUCAUCUCCCCUCAGCAGUGCUACUCACCUGUAUGACUGACAUAGAUGUCCAUUGUAUCUAUCAAAUGUGACACGUUUAUCUGUCACCACUUGACAGAAGCGCUGUCAGAACAUGCUCGGAUUCAUUAGUCAUUCAUAAAUUAGCAAUGUGUCACGUUGUGAAACGUUACAUACGCAGUCAGGGAUUUCAUUCAGCAUUAAUCCCCGUUCACACUGACGGCGAUGAAGUGAUGUGUAAUUCAAUUAUGAAAUAAAUAUUCACAAUCUAUAAAUCCACAAUUGUGACCCAUUGUGAAUUUUUAUUUCAUAAUUGUGAUUGUUAUGACUUAGCGUAAUUAUAAUUGUAUGCUAACUGCGACUUUUUAUCGUAAUUAUAACUAUUUCUCACAAUUACGUUUAAGAUUCUAACAGUGUAUCACAAGAGAUUUUUUUUUUUCAUAAUUAUGAUUUUACGUAAUGUGAUUAUGGUUUUAGGUGUUAAUUGUGAUAACAUAAUCAUGACUGUUUCUCGCAUUUGCGUUUUCAUGUGUCAUAGUCUGACAAUAUAUUACAAUUGUGACCAUAUAUCACAAGAUAUUUAAUAUCUUUUAAUUGAGACUUUACUCUUAUAAUUGCGGUGAUAAUAUAUUGACAUAUCGUAAUUGUGACUUUAUUUUCGCAAUUACGUUUUUAUAUUUUUUAUAUAAGUCGCAUAAUUAGUAUACCUCAUUUGUGAUUCUGUAUAUCGCAAGAAUUUUUUUUUCUCAUAAUUGUGAAUUUACUUAACAUUUUAAAAUUUUUUUUCAAUUUUAAGUGAUAAUUUUAUAUUUUAUAUUAUUGCUGUCAAAUUAACCGCGAUUAAUCA